GGGGAAGUAUAUUAGUGUACUGUGUCCAAAGAUUUCACGAGUUGAACAGAAAGAAAAUCGUCGGCAGCCUUUUCUUUGUAUUUUUGCGCCAUUUCAAGAAGUACCCUUCUUCUCUCUUCUUUCCAUUUUCCCCUCUGCUUACCAUAUAAAUACGUCUGUGUGUUUGUUCUCCACUUAAAUAUCUUCCGCAGUUUAACCUAACUGCAUGGUUUGUUAAAUCCACUUGUACUUUGUGUCUUUCUUUAGCAGCUACUACUACUUUUCACUUGCAUUUCAGCAAGUGUGUGUAAAUGAAGAUGGAGUUGCUUAAUUGCAUGGUGCUUUUGAUCUUGUUGCUUCUUUUACCAACCAAUUUUUCAGCUGCUAGGACUUCACUCACUGAUCUUCAAGUUCACAAUCGUCUGAAAACUUUGAACAAGUCUCCCAUCAAGUCCAUCAAGAGCCCAGAUGGAGAUAUGAUUGAUUGUAUUCAUCUCUCUCACCAACCAGCUUUUGAUCAUCCGCAAUUCCAAAAUCAUAAAAUCCAGUUGAGGCCAAAUUUUCAUCCAGAAGGGCUAUUUGCUGAUGAAAAGGUUAAAUCUACGAAGUCGAGUGAAGGAUCGGAACCAGUUAAACAAUUGUGGCAUUUAAAUGGAGAGUGUCCAGAAGGAACAAUCCCGGUGAGAAGGACAAAGAAAGAAGAUGUUCUCAGAGCUAGCUCUAUCAAGAAUUAUGGAAAAAAGAAGAAGAAUCUUAACAUUCUUCGCCCCAGUUCAGCUCAACCUCAACCUGACCUCAUCACUCAAAAUGGACACCAGCAUGCAAUUGCUUAUGUUGACGAGGACAAGUAUUUCGGAGCAAAGGCAACUAUGAAUGUCUGGGAACCUAAAAUACAACAGCCGAAUGAAUUUAGCCUUUCUCAGAUUUGGGUUUUAGGAGGUUCGUUUGAUGGAGAUCUUAAUAGCAUUGAAGCUGGUUGGCAGGUCAGUCCAGAUCUGUACGGGGACAAUAACACCAGACUCUUCACCUAUUGGACAAGUGAUGCUUAUGAAGCCACAGGAUGCUACAAUUUGCUAUGCUCAGGCUUCAUUCAAAUUAACAAUCGGAUAGCGAUGGGGGCUAGCAUAUUCCCGGUUUCCAGAUAUCAUGGUUCUCAAUAUGAUAUCAGUAUACUACUUUGGAAGGAUCCUAAUGAGGGUAAUUGGUGGAUGCAAUUUGGGAAUAGUAAUCAAGUCAUAGGUUACUGGCCAGCCUAUCUGUUCUCAAAUUUAGCAGAUGGCGCCACAUUAGUCGAGUGGGGUGGGGAAGUGGUGAAUUCGGCAUCAGAUGGCCAGCACACUACUACACAAAUGGGAAGCGGUCAUUUUCCUGGGGAAGGAUUUAGUAAGGCUAGUUACUUCAGAAAUCUUCAAGUAGUUGAUGGUUCUAACCAACUAAGGGUUCCUAAAGAUGUCAAAACUUUCACUGAGCAGUCUAAUUGCUAUAACGUCCAAACCGGCAAGAAUGGACAAUGGGGUACCUACUUUUACUAUGGGGGACCUGGAAGAAACCCCAAGUGUCCGUGAUCACCAGAAUCUAUAGCUUAAAUACAUCUUUGCCCCUAUAUUUAUAAUUAUGUAUAGCAGUUUGGAAUAGUGGAGUCAUAAUUCACAUAAAACAGACCAUAAUGGUUAUGGAUGGUAUAGUUGGAGGUUGAUUCUUGUGAGUAGAAUGUAUAAGUGUUGAUUCCUGGGAUUUCAUUUGAUUGUUGUUGCGCCUCUCUCUGUUUCAAACUCGGGAACAAGGGAAUGCCAGUAAUUGUAUUAGUAGGAUUGUACGUAGUGACGAUUGAUGACCGUCUUGAAGAAACUUUGAGACGGAGAUGUUUUGCAUUUGUUGGAGAAAGGCCUGGAAAAACCAGGAUUAAUUUCAUGUAAUGUGUAUAAUAUAUUUGUUGACAUGUAUUCUGGGUGUUGGAUUAUAUAAUUUAUAUCAAUGAAUGUUCUUGUGCUUCUCCUACUAAA